ACUCAGUGUCAUUGAUUGCGCCCUUUGACCAUCACUCUGAUUUGAGUGUCAUUGACGGUCAAUUUGACCAGGUCGCCACAUUCAAGAUGCUGCUACGUCGAGCGGUGUUGGCUCGGACACAACGUACCGCUGGCGUCUGCCUUGCGCGCAGGUUUAGCGUGGCCGUCCCCGAUGCGGCUCACCGCAGAGUUUGCGUGAUCGGCUCCGGCCCUGGGGGCUUCUACGCCACCAAAUACCUUUUUAGAGAACACGCCGGUGUGUAUGUGGACAUGCUGGAGGCUUUGCCCACACCAUUCGGCCUCGUGCGCUCUGGUGUGGCGCCAGACCACCCAGAGGUGAAGAGCGUGAUGAACGACUUCGACAAGGUGGCAGCUGAUGAGCGUUUCCAUUUCCUCGGCAACGUGCGCGUAGGUGACGACAUAUCGCUCGCUGAGCUGCAGCGGUAUUACCACGCUGUGGUGUUAGCCUAUGGUGCUGCGGGUGACCGCGAGCUGGGCGUCCCGGGUGAAAGUCUGCGUGGUGUCAUGUCGGCGCGCACCUUCGUGAACUGGUACAACGGACAUCCGGCGUUUCGCGACCUGGAGCUGGACCUGACGCACGCCGAGACGGCGGUCGUUAUCGGACAGGGCAACGUGGCGGUCGACUGCGCGCGCAUCCUCACGAAGAAAGUGGAUGAGCUGGCAACUACGGAUAUUGCUGCCCAUGCGGUGGAGGCGCUGCGUAACAGCGGCAUCAAGAAGGUUUUCCUCGUGGGGCGACGCGGCAGUGCCCAGGCAGCGUUCACUAUGAAGGAGAUCCGAGAGUUGACCAAGCUGAAAGGCGUCGCGUGCAUUGUGGACCCGGGGGAUCUGACGCGCAGUAUGACAGCCGCAUCCGAGCAGGAGAUCAAGGAACAGCGUGCCCGCAAACGCAUGAACGACUUGCUGGUCAAGGCGGCAGAGCAGUUCGAGAGCGCUGGGGACGCCGAGCGCGUUGUGCAAAUCAAGUUCUUGAGCUCGCCCGUGGAGAUUCUAGCAGAUGAGAAGGAUCCGGCUCGAGUCGGCGCUAUUCGUGUGGAGAAGACAAAACUUGAGGGCGAGCCGAACCAGCAGCGUGCAGUUGGAACUGGAGAGUUUGAGGAUAUUCCAUGCAACCUCGUGCUACGCAGCAUCGGCUACAAGUCGCUACCCAUUGAGGCAGAUAUUCCUUUCGACAACCGUCGUCACGUGGUCUCAAAUGAUCAGGGACGCGUUGUCACUACGUCUAGCAACGGCGAAAAACAACCUAUGGUUGGCUUGUAUUGCACUGGAUGGGUGAAGCGUGGCCCCUCUGGUAUCAUUGGCACCAAUAUCGUCGACGCACGGGAGACGGUUAGCUGUAUUGUUGAGGAUUUUGCAGCAGGGAACUUCCUUCAUAGCGAGGAUAAAAGCGACGAAGAGUUGGGUGGACUGGAGGCCGUGAAGAAGCUCAUUAAGAAGCGUAACCCGGACAAACAGCUCGUUAGCUGGGCUGAUUAUGAACGCCUCAGCGCCGAGGAGAAUCGCCGCGGUGAACUCGUCGGGAAGCCUCGCGAGAAGAUCACGUCAGUGACAGAGAUGCUUGAGAUCGCGAAGAAUGCCAACUGAUGUGGCUACAGAGCUAAGCAGCUGAGACUCGAAGCCGUGGCGUAGAGUAGAAAUGCAGAUAAAUUGAAGAAACCAUUUUGUUGGAAGCACUUCUAAGGUAGACUUCGAUAUCACUUUCGAUCGAGUAUGGAUGUUCUAAUCUGAGCUACGUUAACGCUUCGCAUUGCUUGCUC